AUUUGUCAAUAUUGCUUUGUUGCGGCAAGACUAAUAAUAGCCAAAACUUGGAAAGGGGAAAAAGAGUUAUCUAUUAAUGAUUGGAGAGAUAAGUUAGCAGACUAUAUCCAAAUGGCCAAGCUGACAAAUAGCAGCAGAGGAGGAGAUAAUGAAGAAUUUGCAAAUAAAUGGAGGCUGGCACUUGGGUAUUUGGAAAAGAAGACAAAGAUUUCUCAUCAUGAGUGUGGACUGGCUUGGCUUUGGUUAUGCUGCAAUUGUGGCUAUUGGAGGUGCUGUGGGAUAUAUUCGUAAAGGCAGCAAAAUCUCACUGCUUGCUGGCGUCAUCUUCGGCUUGAUGGCUGCUUAUGGGGCAUACUGGGUAACCCAUGAUCCCAAGGAUGUCAAGGUCUCAUUGUUUACAGCUUUUCUUCUGACGGUUAUAAUGGGAGUGAGGUUUAAGAGGACCAAGAAAUUAAUGCCAGCCGGAAUCAUAGCAAUGCUAAGCCUUCUGAUGAUUCUGAGACUUGUCCUUCUGCUGGUAUGAAUGACCAAAGCAUCAAGAAGCAACAUUUAUAUCAUUCCACAUGAACAAGAGAAUGUUUCUUUGUAAUGUCUCUAUGAAUCAAGAACUUUUUUUAAAAAAAAAGGUGUCCAAAGGCAGUGUUAUGUUGUGGAUUUGGGGCUAUAUUCUUCUCAUUGCAUUUUGUUUUAGCUAUAUUUUCCUGGUCGUCUGUGUUCUCAUCUAGAGAGGUAACUAGUUAGUCCCUUUAAUGAUGUUCAUUCUUGAGAGGCCGAGGAGCUUUCAGUUCUACCUUUUCCUCAGAAGAACAAUUGGGAAUCGCAGGGCCUUUGAAACUCAGGUUAAAUCUAUGUAAUAGGCACAUACUUAAGUUUGCAUACCGCCCCAAAUAACAAUUUUGGGGGAACAUCAUAUGAAGCAAUGCAAUGUGGAACAUGAAAUGGACAAUAGCUCACUUGCUGAUAAUGUAUUAAGAUUUACUUCAAUAGCAUUCAAAUGAACUUUACUUUGGAAACACAUUGAAAUUUGCUUUUGCACUGAAAUCUCAAAUUUUAAAAACUGCCAAACAUCUAAAAUAAAUAAUUUUUAAUACUC